GCUUGACUGCAAGUUUGCACUAUAUCUAGGAGAAAAUGAGUUGCUCUGUAAAAGACAGGCGCACUGCGUGUGUGCGAGAACACCAGGAAAUUCACUCCGGUCAUUUCAUGGUCAGCAACUUGGAUGAUUCUGAGGAAGAGGCUGAUGAGCCCGAGGUUUUCGGGCUGGACGAUGAAAACAAAAGUGGCCCGAAUCCUCCUACAUCUGAGCCAUCGUGCAUGAAAGGACAGAACUUGCUUGCUUUUGAGGAGUUAGGUUCCCUAUUUCAGUACUUAGCAAUCGCGUACACCUCCAAACUGACCAGCCCAAAGUGGAAUCGCUUCCGUGGACUCCGUUUCGCGUUGAAAAGCAAAAUACGCCUGAACAACAUUAUUUGGAGGGAAUAUCACAUGCAAUGUCAGUAUAUUUUCCCCAUUUAUUUAAUUUUUUCUAGUCAUCAAAUGUGUCAAACCAGCGUUUGUUCAAUUUCAAAAACCUUUGACAGAAAAUCAUCAAAAGCCUGAGGCCAUAGUGAUGGAGGGAAAGUAUUGGAAACGGAGCGUCUCAAUCGUUCGUUCCGAAUACAGACUUUGGCGCAAGUUCACCAAGGAUAGAUUGGCAGGUUCGCAUGGUGUGCAAACAGUUUCUGGCGCGAGUAAUUCGGCUGGCACCUCUUCUGUGUACACCUUUCCAAAAGCCAUGGAUGAUUUGCAAAGCACUUGCGCACCAGAUGAUGCUAUGGACUCUAACUUUGGCCCAUUCCUCAACGACAUAAUGAUGGAACUGGAUGAUGAGUUCGACUUGUUCUUCGAAAAAUCGAUUAAUUAUUCUUUUUUGGGGAUCAGGGAUAUCAUUCAACCUGGUCUUUUGCAGUUUCAACCAGAUACUAUAGAUGAACCAAUGCCCUCCAUGCAGUUGUCGCCUCCAGGUAAUGGAUACCCAAUCCAAAACAAGCGUGCAUCUCCCUACAUCAAUCCAGAUGAGCCAUCUCAGCUCAGGCGCUCUCCCUGUAUACAAAUUACCUCUUCAGUGCCGCCCACGCUGUGCGGCUUUGUCGAUCCUGCGCCUACUCUUUCUCCAACUACCGUCAUACAGACUGUUAACACCCCUCUGCCUUCUGCUGGGGUUUUCUCCAAUUCAAUCGAACCGCGUUUUCAAACCCUAUUAGAUGCUCGCCCUCCCUACUUGGACUUGGUAGGUAACGUCUCCUCCUCGGUACCACUUCCCUCUAGUGUAUCUUCAGCGAAGUUGCCAAUGAAGAAUUUACGAAAUCCUCCUAUCCAAGAGCGCUGGGAUCCCGCUACUGUUGGUGAAUUUCAGAAACCCAUGUCCCAGCCACUGACAAGUGCUGCACGUCGUACAUGCGUCGGCAAAAGACACCGCCGCGUUUCCGCACAGCCUGGUCGAUACAAAACUCAUGCAUCAUCCCUAGCUCCCCCAAACGAGAAGGCAUUGAAAAGCGUUUUCCGUUCAGAUGUGCAUCAGGAUUCAACUUUUGAUACUCCGGCUUUGUUGAACUUAUUACAGAACCGUACUGAACUGUCACACGAGUCUCCUUGGUUCCAGUGCUCUCCACCAGCUGAUACUACAGGAGGUGAGUCUUCCUCCUACUGCUCCGCACCGCUGCUUUGCUCAGUCUUGACUGCACCGUUGAGUAGUCAAUCGAUCAUAGCCCAAGAAUCGAAGAAUCAAACCUCCCCCCUUCUCAAAACAGAACCAUUGAAACCCCGGCAUUGUGCGUCCGAGCCUCAUCGUCUUCAACUCCCAAGCUCUUCUCCUUCAGUUACCGACUCAAUGAAACAAAGUCACAGUGUAGAUGUAUUCGAUGCCGGAUCAUUGACUUGCACAACUAAUGUGGAAUCCUUUGGCAGUCUCCUCACAUCAAAUCGCCCCGCGGCUCGGAGCAAACAGCGCCCUUUGGUUUCCAUACUGAAAUCUGCUCCUACCUCUUCUCAUCAGUCAUCUUCUCCAGAGAUUACUCCUCUUCUUGGUGGCUACAACCACGAGCUGCGUACUGCGCGCCACGUGGGCCCAUUUGGACCAACUCUGGAUACUUCCAAAGGAGCUUCUCAAACAAAGGGCUGCACAUUUAGGGAUGUCGAGGUGAUUUCGCAUCAGUUGGGAUUCGUUGCGGACCAGCACCCAAGCAAAGGUUUCCUGCCCGUUUUGCCCCCUCACUUAAGCAAUUCAGAGCAGCCAUCUUCCACUCGGCUAGCGGCUCUAAUAAGUCAGCCUUUGUCUGACGCCAUCUGCUCAUCUGAAGCAUCUCGUCCGUUUGGGCCAGUACUUCCUCCGCAUAAUCAAGAUUCUGAUUCCGGUUACCCCGUGUUUGCAUCCGAUAUCUCGAUAGCUCGACGCCGCACCAGCUCUGGGACCCUGGUCCAAGAACGUAACUCUCAAGAGAGCUGCUCCUUUUCCUCAGAUCGUUCAUGGGAUGAGAAAAUGCCUUUGCGCCUGGAUUACCCCUGUGACUUACGCUGUUGGCAGUCAUCCGCUACUGCGGCACCAACCACUUUCUUUGAGUCCAGUAUUUUACACCCGAAGACGGUGGCCGAAGGAAGCACACUGACGAAUUUCGAUCAGUCACAAUCUCGGGAAGCGAAUCUAUUCACCAAAGUACGAUCCAGCUCCACUGGCACCCUCUUCCCAGUCUCUCAGCCUUUGUCAUCCAAAGCAAUCAUACAAGAUUCCACGACAACCGUAUCCAGUUAUGGCAGUAUAGAGGUGUUGUCCCCACCCAUCUCUAGUCAAUCGACUUUCGCGCACACACCUACAUCUUGCUCUCCACCUCCGUUGAUUGACGUCGAUUCAUUUGGCCGAUCGUUUCUUCAACUUUCCUCGGAGGAACAACGCCGGCAUGCGGUGCAGGCGCGUCUACAAGCGUUGCAACAUUUGGUCCACUUUUACAACCUAGACCACCCUACCGCCUCCCGCCGUCGCCAUGAGGACCAUGAUACUCCGGUGAGAGUUCCACUACCUGGUCGAGUGGACGCAGUUGCCCGUAACCCAACCGACCUGAUGGAGGAGGACUCUUUGCUUCAGAUACGUCGGCCAGCGGUCGACACGGCUGCAGAGGCAAAAAUUGACGACGCUUUGUGGACCGGCGGUUCCGAAGUCACCGGUCGUGCUUCCAAUGCAGCCACUCUGCGACAGAGUGCCGAAUUGAUCCGCUAUUUGCGUGAAGUCAAUGAAGCUUGGGAGGUGAAACGUGCUGACUUGCAAAACGAAUUGAACGCUUUGGAAGCUCUUAACGCCUUGUUCCAGUGUAUACAACCGAAGUUCUUCCAUCCUGGUCAACGUUUGCGUCUUUGGGGCCCCCUUGUUUCUCAUCGUGUAGCGCUUGCCUGGAGAAGCGUUUCCCGUCUGGCAAGUGCGCGGUGGUUGGUCAGCUCUCAGAUGCUCGUAUGACCACGCAUUCUAAGGAUUGGUUCCGGCGCUACGUACACCAGCAGACGGAGGCCAAUUGGAAAUUCUACACCUUUGGUUUGCUCCUUGAGGAACUGUUCCAAUCGUUCAACGCGGUCGUGAACACGUUGUCACAGGACCACUUCGUUCGGUCGAUUCACAAUUGGCUUGAUCAGCACUGCUCUCCCGGACAACUGCACCCAG